AUGGCACUGCUACGCUAUACCCCUGGACUUCGCCAGCUAGAGCCAGCGUUUGUCUCCGCUAGAAGAAAUUCGCAUCUUAGCGUUGACAGUGUUCCCUAUCUGCUGGGGGCUUGCCUCUACAGCUCCCUGUUAUCUUUGCUUUCAUCCUACCUUACGAACAACGCAGAGAUGGGCCGGCUGAUGAGACCAAAUACCCUCCAGCUAGUGGUGUUUGGAUUGACUGCGGUUCUUGGACUCUCGAUCUGGUCACUAUGGCUAGGGGUUAACUCUGAUCGAGACAACAUCCAUCCCUUACUCAACCAACUUAUCCCGGCUGGUCACUGUGCAUGCCAGACGUCGACUAUCUUCAAGUGUGACAGCUGUCUACAGUGCCCUGACCAGCUACCAUUUCAUGAUCCUCUUCCUGAGCCUCAGCCUUUGUUUAACCCUGAAGAGCAUUCGUACAAUGAAACCAACUGUGCCACUCUCUUCCCCGGUCUCUUUGAAGAUCCUAUCCGUGCUCACUCUUUUUGGAAAGCCAGAGCCAGGCGUGGAAUAACCAGAGCCGAUAUAGAUAAUAUCGAGAUAAGAGGUGGCAUGGCCCGGGUAGCAAUUUUUCAAGGACGUCUCUAUGUUCUCAGAGCUCUUGCCAAAGGGGAGGAUCAUCGCCGGAAAAUUCUAGGAAUCUUGGGCUCAAUCCAUCGUGCCCUUGUCUCGGCACCGCAGUCCGCUGCCUUCUUCAACACAGAAGUGAUCUUUUCGGUGGAAGAUAAACUGGAGGAUGUCGCGGGAUCGGGUCAUCCUCUCUGGGUGCUGGCACGAAGGGCAACUGAGGAGUCUGUUUGGUUGAUGCCUGAUUUUGGCUUCUGGUCUUGGGGUCAUAUCGAUAGUCGGAUUGGACCUUAUGAUGAAGUAGUCAAACACAUCCGAGAACAGGAGCCCCACUGGGAUAAGAAAGAGAACAAACUAGUCUGGCGUGGGAAGCUUAGUUUUGCCCCGAAGCUGCGACGGACACUGCUUGAGAUUGCACGGAAUCACGCCUGGGGAGAUGUGAAGGAGGUGGAGUGGAAGGACAAAGCGAACUUUAUAAGUAUGGAAAACCACUGUAACUACCGCUUCAUCGCGCAUGUGGAAGGCCGCUCCUAUUCUGCAUCCCUCAAGUAUCGUCAGGCCUGUCGAUCUGUAAUUGUGAUUCACAAACUACAGUUUAUUCAACAUCACCACUAUCUUCUGGUUUCCUCCGGUCCACACCAGAACUUUGUCCAGGUCGAGAGGGACUGGUCGGAUCUACCACACAAGAUAUCAGAGCUUCUCGAUGAUCCUAUCCAAGCCCAGGCGAUCGCGGAUAAUAAUGUAAAGCUAUUUCGCGAGCGGUAUCUGACUCCAGCUGCCGAUACCUGUUACUGGCGCGCGUUGCUGCAAGCGUGGACUACCGCAUCCCCUGAAGUCACUGAAACCGUAGUGGACCCGACCAGUGGUAGUGGCCACCGGAGAGGGAUUCGAUAUGAGUCAUUUACCUUGUUGGAUCCCAGCAGUAUGAUGCGCUUUGGGUCUUGA